UGCGGCCAGAUUUUUGUCCUGAGAUAGCUUACAGUAGGCUACAGUACUACAGUCUUUUGCUGCAGGAAAUUGUUGCAGUUGCAGUGCUGCGAACUGCGAAGAGCAGCUAGAUCUAGCUAGAUAUCUAGUGUAGCCCAAGUUAGAACAUGCAUGAUCGAUGUGCUGGAAUCAAUGUCAGUGAACAGGAAUGUAGUGAUGUUGGAGUCAGUGAGACUUUUAUAUUAUUCAACUUAGAUCUAGCCCCUUCACUUUCCAAAAGUUGAUUUUUAUUCAUGCAUGAUUCCCGUUAUUCCGUUAUUGGUGAAAUUGAUGGUCUCGAAUUCGAAAGAAGAAAAAUGGAAGAGCUUUCUGUGUGCAGAACCUUCAGCUCUUUUCAGUCUUUGCAGGACGCGGUCGAAACUGCAAUGAGAGGUCCAGUAUCGGUGCUUUCAUGUAGCAAGUCAGUGGAGCAAGCCAACAGAGAAGUGGCGGCUGGGGAAGGAAAGUUUCCUGAAAUACUUAAGUACAAGAGUGUGAGACUAGGUUGUAAGCAGCUUGGGAGGGCUGAUUUUAAAUCUGGUACUGUACGGCAGUCCCCUCCAAAACUGCAGUGUCCAGCUCAUGUGAUCGCUGUGGCUGACCGAGACCUGGGUGCCCUGUGCAUCAAGCAAGUGUCUCUGUCACACAACCACCCGGUGACCCCAACUGCUUCCACCUCAGGCUCAGUGCCGAUGCGACAACUGUUGCCAGAGUUACUGGACGAUGGUCACCAGAUCUCUGAUGUUGGCUUGACUGUUACUGUGUCAUACAAAGAAAAUGGCUGCUCAGAGCCAUCUGUAGGGAGCAGUGUUGGCCAUGCUAUUGGACGGGAAGAGUUGGUGCAAAGCUCGGAAACGCUGACAGCGACGCCUGAUGAUUACGAUAAUGAAGAUGAUGAGGAAGAUGAAGAUGAAAAUACUGAAGAUAAUGACGAAGAAGAAGAAGAUGAGGAAGAAGAAGAAGCAGAGGUUAAUGAGGCCAGCAUCAGUGGUGGGACAUGUUCAAAGUCAAAGAAAGCUUUAAGUUCCUCUCCGCCUAGAAGUGGCUCAAAGAAGCGGAAGUUUUCCACCAAGCACUAUGGGCGAUACUCACCCGAGGACCUCCAGAGAGCCUAUGAUGCCAUCAAGAAAAAGGGUCUGUCUGUGUACACAGUGGCCCGCAUGUGUGGAAUCCCAAAAUCAACACUAUACGAUCGGAUCAAUGACCGGAGCCCUUUCGGACUAGGUGGAAGGCCCAAUGCUCUAAAGACCAAAAUCUUAGAUGAAGACACAGAACGACAGAUGGUGGAGCACAUGAAACAUAUGGAGAUGAUUGGCCAGGCCUUGAGCCAAGCUGACAUCCUGGCCCUAGCCACCAAGCUUGCGCACUCGAUUGGAACGGUUGCCAGUGACAGGGUCAUCAGUCGUAGCUGGUACAAAGCCUUCCUCCAGCGGUGGCCCACGCUCAAAAAGUCAACUGGGAGCAGUGAAAAAGCAACAGUAGAGACCUGUGUGUUUCGUAGGCCUCGGACUAUGUAUGAGUAUCGUACAGGACUUAAGUCUGUUCUGGACAGAUACCGUACACUCAGUAAACCGCAGUUCCUAUACAAGCUAGAGGAGGUUCUGCUAUGUGCAGGUGAACCACACCCACGGGCUAAAAUGUGUUCUAAUGUGAGUGUAGAUCAUAAAGAGAUUAUGUGCUCCGUUCUGCUUUGUGGGAAUGCCCUUGGCUACAGCUUGCCCCCUUUCCUCAUCUUCCGUAAAUCAAGAAAGAACUCGCAUUUGCCUGGAAUGUGCAUGGAGGGAGCGUCUUUCAAGCAGUCGGAUGGCGGGCGUCUCACUCCUUCUUUAUUGAAAGAAUUUUUGCAAGAUCAUUUCCUGCCCCAAAUAGUGCGACGGACAGGGGAGCAGGUCAUUUUGUUGUACGCUGACUCCUGUGAUUUGUUGUCCACGUCGAUUCUAGAGUGGGCGAGUUCCCAAGGGACAGUUGUGUUCAGACUGCCACUCAACCAAGUUUCACCAGCAGCCCCUUCCUCUCUUGAUUUUGGCUGUUUUGAGCAGUUUGCCAAAGGCUUUAGUGAUGCCUGUUCUGUGCACCUCGAGGAACACAAAAAAGUUCUGACCAAGGAUUUUCCUGCCCUAGUGUUCAAUGCAAUGUUAGGAUCUGUAACAGUGAAGAAUUUAAAGGCAGCCUUCUGUAAAGCUGGAGUUUUUCCUUGGGAUUCUGGUACAGUGGACUUGACCCGCCCACUGGCAAGUGACGUCAUUGAGAAAAUGGGAAGAAAGGUUCAGGGGAGGAAUAGUCAUCGCAGCUCCAAACGAAAAAAGACAAGAUAGUUCUUGCAUGUUGUGGGUUGUUUCUAAAAAUGUUGUAGAGAACUGUGUUUUCCAAGUCACAGAACUGUGUUUUCCAAGUUACAUUAAUGUCAGUGACACCCAGUGACCACGUGCGUUACUUGUGUAGAGACAGUGAAGCAGGUUGCUGGAUGUAGCAAAGGGAAAAAUUACCUUCAAGAGGAAAUUGGUUAAAGUUUGGAAAAGGAAACAUAACCAAAGAAAUUUGUACUUGAAGUCACCCUUGGCAGGAAGGGCCAAACCUCCCAGGUCACUCGAAGAAUGACUCGAAAACCCACAUGUAUCAAAUCAAGGACUCCUCCUACCAGUCCAGCAUACCAUACUGCCCUUAUUUAGAUAGAGAACUGAGACACGGGAGCAUUCUUACAGUCUGCCCACUCUCCACUACUGUGAGGUCAUUGACCUGACCACAGCACAGCCCCAGAUGCUCCAACUCCCCAGCAAUGAGGAGGAACUGCUGAAGACAGAAGACAGUGAUUAAAAUUGUUUUCAACGCUACUAGUAAACUAACGGAAUAAUCAGUAUGGAUACCUUGCGGGCUUUGGUGCUGGGGGGAACUGAGCAUUUAAGGACCUGUCCGAUGUGCAAUGACGUUGUUGCCCAGGACAGGUAAUACAGGUAAUACAGUAGACUAACACUAAAGCCAUUGUCAUUAAUGACUGUUUCUGCAUACAACAAAACUCCCACCUGUGCAAGGACUGAUAGUGAGUGGACACUCAAGUAUGGUUUUCUACUGUAGUAUUUAUCUUAUGUUACCUUUCACUUCCAACGGCGUAGAUCUCGUGGAUCCCCGGGCGCCCGGCGACUGCUGUGUGUUGUCUCCGUUACGGUUAGGACUGACGCUCUCUCUUCUCACGUUGAGUUUUUAGUCUCCAGUCGAUCUUGUUUGUACUCAUCAGUGCACGGGGAAAAACUGCUACCCGUGCACAACCAAUUGGCCAGAAAGUCGCCCCCCAAAACUAGUCAAGUUUUGGAGACGUGAAAGGCUAAAAUAUUGGCCUUACAUUACCCCCCCUCCCAGUGCUGUGCACAGUGCGGAUAGUACGAUGCACUAUGCACGAAAUAAUUGUUUAUCCCUACAGGUCCAACCUCUCUGGUGGCCGGACUGUACGUCCUGUCCGUAUGGACUGGUGGGUGGAUGCGUUAGGGUGUUCAAAAACUUUUCCAAGUUGAGUGUUGGCAUUUGAAAUGUAUCCUGGCUUUAAACGAUCAACUGAUACUUUUUCUUUGCGUCCUUUCAAAUCCAAAGUGAAAUAUUUGUCAUGGGUAUUCAAGAUCUUGAAUGGACCAUCAUACGGUCUCUGAAGUGGUUUUCUCUGCGCGUCGUGGCGAACAUAAACAUAUCCCGUUGCAGCAAGAUUGCUAGGUACAUGGGACGUAUGACUCCCGUGGUAGUUGGAAACUGUUGGUUCCAUACUGCGCAUUGUCUUUUGUAAUUGCUGAAGAAAAAUGGAAUCGGGUUCUAUUGUCUGGGCAUUCCGUGGUUGGAAAAAUUUGCCUGGUAGUCUGAGUGUGGUCCCAUACACCAACUCUGCUGGUGAACAACCUGGAUCUAUCUUCCACGAGGACCUUAUCCCUAGCAAUAUGACUGGUAACUCGUUGAACCAAUUAGAUCCAGUGACCCGAGACUUCAAAGAUGCCUUGAGCUGGCGAUGAAACCUUUCAACCAUGCCAUUUGCUUGUGGGUGGUAUGCUGUGGUAUGAUGAUGUUCAACUCCUAAGAGCUUGUUGAACUCUGACCAUAAGGUUGAAGUGAAUUGUGGCCCUCUAUCAGAUGUUAUUUCUUCUGGGACUCCGAACUUUGAUAUCCAAUGAUGUAAAAGUGCGGAUGCACACGUUGAGGCUUGGGUGUCUGGUAAGGGUAUCGCAUCCGGCCACUUAGUGAAACGGUCUACUACUGUAAGAAGGUAGGACAUACCAUGACAGUUUGGAAGCGGCCCGACUAGAUCAAUAUGCAAACUUUUGAACCUCGAGGUAGGGGGUGCUCUAUUUACCAAGGGCGCUCGAGUGUGGUGAUGAAUCUUCGAAGAUUGGCACGGAUGACAUUCUUUACACCACUGUCGUAUCUGUCGCUUCAUAUCGAACCACACAAAACGUUCAGUAAUGGCUCUCUGUGUUGGCUUAACCCCAGAAUGACACACACUAUGAACGUGAUCGAACACUUUUCUUGUCCACGAUGAAGGUAUGACCGGCCUCGCUGUUCCUGUUGAAACAUCACAAAGUACUCUCGCACCAUCAGACUCCACAUAUCGAAACUCCAGACCGGUGUCUUUGGAGAGAUAGGUGUCCAUUUCUCCCGAAUCACUCUGAGCUUUAGCCAGCUGGCUAGGGGUUCCUAAGGGGAAACCAUCUGGAACGGCCUGUGUGCUGCAAAUCCUGGAUAGAGCGUCUGCCACCACAUUAAAUUUACCCUUGAUGUGUUGUAUAUCCGAGGUAAACUCGGCUAUAUAUGACAUGUGACGAGUUUGACGUGGGGAUCGGUCUGCCUGGGAUUGAAAUGCUGUUGUGAGUGGCUUAUGAUCAGUGAACAAUUUGAAAGCUCUUCCUUCCAAAAAGUAUUUGAAGUGUUUGAUAGCGCUGUAUGCAGCCAGUAACUCCCUGUCAAAAGCACUAUAUUUCUGUUCAGCAUCUGAGAGUUUCCGAGAGAAAAACGCUAUGGGUACCCAAGUGCAACCAUGUCGUUGUUCUAACUGUGCGCCUAUAGCUUUGUCAGAGACGUCUACUGUGACAUUGGUUGGAGCGUCAGGUCGAGGGUGAUGAAGGAGGGUUGCCGUGGCUAAGGUUGCCUUCGCUUUGUCAAAAGCUGCUUGACAGCUGUCAUCCCAUUCAAUCUUUUGUCCUUUACCACUUGCUUGGGCAUGUAAUGGAGCCAAAUGUGAGGCGAUGUUGGGCAGGAAUCUGUGAUAAUAGUUGAUCAUGCCUAAGAAACGUUGUAGACUUGUACGAUCUUUUGGUGGCUCACAGUUGCGGAGUGUGUUGAUGCGGUCUGGUAUGGGAAAAAUACCUUUCGUGGUGAUGCAAUGUCCCAGGAAAUCCAGCGUCGGUACUCCAAAAAUACAUUUAGCUUUGUUGAUCUCUAGCCCAUUGUCUUUCAGGAUUUGAAACAAUACCCUGAGGUGUUCUUUAUGCUCCUUUUCAGAAUGACUUGCCACUAUAAUGUCAUCCAGAUAAACGAACGUGAAGGGUAUAUCUCUCAGCACACCGUCCAUUAGACGUUGGAAUGAUUGGGCUGCAUUCUUCAAACCAAACGGCAUUCUGGUAAACUCCCACAAGCCAAAAGGUGUGAUAAUUGCUGUUUUGGGGAUGAAGGAUUCUGACAUCUGAAUUUGGUGGUAACCUCUGACCAAAUCUACUUUGGAGAAAAAUGUGCACCCUGAGAGUUUGAUGUUGAAAUCCUGUAUGUGGGGUAGGGGGUACCUGUCAUCAAGUGUUUGACCAUUCAGUUGCCUGUAAUCCCCACAUGGUCUCCACGAUCCAUCUGUUUUGGGAACCAUGUGUAGCGGUGACGCCCAUGGCGACUUGAACCUUUGAAUGACCCCCAUCUUCUUCAUCUUGAAAAACUCUUCUUUUGCCGCCUCUAAUUUCUGGGUGUCUAAACGUCUUGCCCGUGCGCUAGUGGGUGGACCUUGCGUGACGAUAUGAUGUUCAAUACCAUGCUUGUUGAUAUGAGAAGUGAAUUGCGGGAUUAGUAUUUCUGGGAAUUCUUUCGCGAUGAUAUUUGAGUAUUCGUUGUGCGGCGACCAGGACAAACCGCCCACUGUGAGGAUCUGGCGACUGUCUUUAAGCUUGAUCGAAGCUUUGUCCAAUGAUAACAAUUGUUUUUGUCUUAGAUCUAUCACUAAGUUGUGUUUGGUAAAGAAAUCUGCGCCUAAGAUAGGUCUGGUUACCUCAGCCAAGACAAACUCGUGGGAAUAAAUGUGAUUGGUUCCCAAGUGAAUUGUGAAAGUUCUUUUACCCCAAGUCCUAAUGCGCGUGCCGUUGGCUGCAGCUAGGGGUUCUGACAUUAUUUUAUGUUGUCUGUCUUGUCUACUAGCAGGAAAAACGGAAAUUUCUGCCCCUGUGUCUACCAAGAAAAUCUUAUGUUACCUUUCACUUCCAACGGCGUAGAUCUCGUGGAUCCCCGGGCGCCCGGCGACUGCUGUGUGUUGUCUCCGUUACGGUUAGGACUGACGCUCUCUCUUCUCACGUUGAGUUUUUAGUCUCCAGUCGAUCUUGUUUGUACUCAUCAGUGCACGGGGAAAAACUGCUACCCGUGCACAACCAAUUGGCCAGAAAGUCGCCCCCAAAACUAGUCAAGUUUUGGAGACGUGAAAGGCUAAAAUAUUGGCCCUACACUACUUCUCUUUUUAAAAAAUUUGGUAUUACAUUUUUUUUCAAUUUGCUUUCUGGUGUAGCAUUCAUGUUGAUCAUCAGCAAACUGAAAUUCAACUAUACGGUACAAAAUAUUAGAAAAGCAAAGAUUUUAUAUUUCAUAAAUGAUUGCUAAUGUAGACUACACAAAUAUAGAACCUUGCCCUGUUCAGAAGUUUUUAGUGCUCUAUUUCUAGCUCAUAACCAUAUCAUUUUUUGGGGCAGCACUCAGACUCAAGUUAUAGCAUCAAACACACAUUGUCAUCUGUGAUUAGAAUAGCCAUGGUGUGCAAAAUAUUUGAGUUCUUUUAUUCUUCGUAUGGGGAAGCUUAUUUUGUGGAGUAGAGCCUCUUGCAAUGUUACUACUUGAAAUGGAUGCUGUUUUGCACUCAACCCUGGUUGGUGACAUUUAAUGGAUACCUGGAGGUGUCAUCUCUAGCUCAGAGGUAGAUGUGCAAUGGCCUGCCAUUGCUAACGGUCACUAUAGCUUGUUCACUUUCGUCUGAUCGCAUUUAAAUCAAGAUAAAAAGCAAAUCACUCUGUUCAAUCUUCCCAGGUCUUUGCAUGCAAGUCUAAAAGUUGAAUGACCAACAGAAUCUAAAAACUCAUUCAUAAAUGUCACUGCAAACUAAGGUUCCAAUACAUAAAUUUCUUUGAUGUUUGCCUAAAGCGAGCGAAAAAGUAAUAGGGGAUUUUUUACAGCUUACACCUGAAACUAAAAGGUUACCAUAUUUUCAUCAACACUACAUUUUAAUUAAGAUAUAUACACCUUUGAUUCUAAAUUCUAAGAAACAUGGUCCAACACAUGGGUGAACACUUUUCGAGACUCUCGUGGAUAAGUCUGGACAGCCGUAGGAAGUAAUCUACACGCUGACACUGAAAUGAGGGGGCAGGGUGGUGUCGCUGUCUCAAAAUGAGCAAUUUGUAGGCUAAGUUACUGUCACUGUAAAUGAUUUAUUUAAGUGACCCUGUGCAUGCACCCAACGAGUGGUUUUUUAUAUUGGGCCCAAAUAGUGAAACUUAAAAAAAAAUGGAACUAGGCUUAUUAAAGAUUUUUUUGUUUGGUUGCUGGCCUGCAGAAGUGUCAUGCAAAGUUUCGCAGUCACAGAUAAAUUUAAAGAAAUGGGCUAGAAUCUUUAAACGCAGACAGACGAAAGUGAACAAGUUAUAUCUUCCGUCAUACGCUCUGUCAUACUAAGGCCAGUUUAUGCUUUGAUGUUAUCGCUCCACAUUGUUCUUUCUCCACCCUUAGUUCUUUUGUCCCGUAUCUAGCCUUCAACUUCAAGCAUUUACUGUCAAUCGCACACACUCCAUCUUCAUCGAUCUCUUUGAAUCUCUUUUCAUACGUGUGUGCUGCUUUGCAUAAAAUUGUAUCCUCUUUUAUCCUCCAGUUGUACUGAUAAGAAGUAUCUGGUGUGUUUGUCUGCACAUCUGUCAUUGAGUGUUUUUCUUUCAUAUGAAAUGCAAUAGACUUUGUCUAAGAUGGCCACCCAUUUUCGAGCAAAAAAGUGAAUGAAAAUUAAAAAUGCAAGAGGAAAUGGGAAGUGGCAUUUGUUCAGGUGAUUGUCUUAUAAUGUUAUAAUACAGGUGGCCAUUGAAAAAGGUUUGGUUGUAUAUAUUACUCUACUACUACUAUCACUUAGUGGUGUAGUUCUCAUUUAGAAAAUAAGAUUGUAAUAUGUUUAUUUUGUCUUUGUAUCAAUGCAUCAAUACAUGACACAAAGUGUGACUCAGUGUAUGUGUGCGUGCUUGUGUGCAUGCGCGCAUGUGUGAGUUGUGUGUGUGUGUGUGUGUGUUUGUGUGUGUGUGUGUGUGUGUGUGUGUGUGUGUGUGUGUGUGUGUGUGUGUGUGUGAGACAGAGUGUCUGGGAUCACCCAACAAAUUACAAAGUAGGCCUUCAAUUUUAUGCUGUUGCGCUAUUUUUAUAUGAUUAAUAUAAGACUGUGAUAUUAAUAAAUAUUAUUACUUUGCA